AGUCUUGCGCCAUCCCUUUCCUCGCGUCGACUGAGUACCCUUCCUUGACCCAGGCGAUCCCUCAGAGGACGUCGCCACCCCAAUUUCUUUUCUGCUCGCCUGUAAAAACUAGUGACAAUGGUAUGGACAAGCCCACCAAUAUCCGUAACAUGAGCGUUAUUGCUCAUGUCGACCAUGAAAAGUCCACUCUCACGGACUCGUUGGUCUCCAAAGCUGGUAUCAUUGCCAGUGCUAAAGCCGGCGAAACGCUUUGGACGGAUACACGACCGGACGAAAAGGAGCGUGGCAUUACUAUAAAGUCGACCGCCAUCUCCAUGUAUUUCGAGGUCGACAAGGAGGAUUUGAGCGCGAUCAAGCAGCAGACCGAGGCCCUGACUGAGCGUAUCAAGCCCGUCGUCAUCAUCAACAAGGUUGACAGUGCUCUGAUCGAGCUGCAGGUUGACAAGGAGUCGCUGUAUCAGUCAUUCCGUCGUACGAUUGAGAGCGUGAACGUCAUCAUUUCGACAUACCACGACGUUGCGCUGGGUGACGUCCAGGUCUACCCCGAGAAGGGCACCAUCGCCUUCGGUUCCGGUCUGCACGGAUGGGGUUUCACCCUCCGCCAGUUCGCGAGCAGGUACGCGAAGAAGUUCGGAGUUGACAAGGAGAGGAUGAUGGCCAAGCUUUGGGGCGACAACUACUUCAACCCCGCGACGCGCAAGUGGACGGCCAAGGGCACUGACGAAGACGGCAAACUUCUCGAGCGCGCAUUCAACAUGUUCGUCCUCGACCCCAUCUUCAAAGUCUUCGAUGCCGUCAUGAAGUCUAAGAACGACACGAUCGAUUCCAUGCUCGAGAAGCUCGACAUCAAGCUUGUUCCGGCUGAGCGUGAGCUCGGGGGCAAGGCUCUCUUGAAAGUAAUCAUGCGCAAAUUCUUGCCCGCCGGUGACUCUCUCCUGGAGAUGAUUGUUAUCAACCUUCCCUCCCCUAAGACUGCUCAGCGCUAUCGUGUUGAGACUCUCUACGAGGGUCUAAUGGAUGACGAGUCUGCUAUCGGUAUUCGUGAUUGCGAUCCUAAGGGAUCCCUCGUGCUCUACGUCUCCAAGAUGGUGCCGACCUCCGAUAAGGGACGUUUCUACGCCUUCGGUCGUGUCUUCUUCGGUAUCGUUCGUGCUGGCCCGAAGAUCCGUAUCCAGGGCCCGAAUUAUGUCCCGGGCAAGAAGGAAGACCUGUUCAUCAAGUCUGUGCCGCGCACGAUUUUGAUGAUGGGCCGUUAUGUCGAGCCCAUCGAGGACUGCCCGGCGGGUAACAUCGUUGGUCUUGUCGGUAUCGACCAGUUCCUGCUCAAGAGCGGUACCCUCACGUCGUCGGAGACUGCGCACAACAUGAGGGUCAUGAAGUUCUCCGUGUCGCCUGUCGUGCAGGUCGCCGUCGAGGUCAAGAAUGCUGCAGAUCUGCCCAAGCUGGUCGAGGAUCUUAAGCGUCUCUCGAAGUCCGACCCAUGUGUCCAGACGUGGAUCUCCGAGAACGGUGAGCACAUUGUCGCUGGUGUUGGUGAGCUCCACUUGGAGGUUUGCUUGAAGGAUCUCGAAGAGGACCAUGCCGGUGUUCCUCUCAAGGUCUCCGACCCGUCGUCCCUUAUCUCGUCGAUUGUUGCGCUCUCUAAAUCCCAGAACAAGCACAAUCGUCUCUACGCCAAGGCGAUGCCGAUCGAGGAGGAGCUCUCGCUCGCCAUCGAGUCCGGCAAGGUCAACUCGCGUGAUGAUUACAAGAUUCGCGCGCGUAUCCUCGCGGACGAGUACGGUUGGGACGUCACGGACGCGCGUAAGAUCUGGUGCUUCGGUCCUGACACGACUGGUCCGAACGUCCUUGUCGAUGUGACGAAGGGUGUGCAGUAUCUCAACGAAAUCAAGGAUUCUUGCGUUGCUGCCUUCCAGUGGGCAACGAAGGAGGGUGCCUGCGCUGAGGAGAACAUGCGUGGUGUCCGCAUCAACAUCCUUGAUGUGACGCUCCAUACGGAUGCCAUCCGCCGUGGUGGAGGACAGAUCAUUCCGACGUGUCGUCGCGUCUGCUAUGCCGCAUGCUUGCUUGCCACGCCCGGUCUCCAGGAGCCCGUCUAUCUGGGGAUUCAGUGCCCGGAGAAUGCGAUUGGCGGUAUCUACAGUGUGCUCAAUAAGCGUCGUGGCCAGGUGUUCUCCGAGGAGCAGCAUGUCAGCACGCCUAUGUUCACGAUCAAGGCAUUCUUACCCGUCGGGGAGUCCUUCGGUUUCAAUGGGGAGCUUCGCUCGCAGACUGGUGGUCAGGCGUUCCCCCAGAGCGUGUUCGACCACUGGGAGACGCUGAACGGAUCUCCCCUAGACAAGGGCAGCAAGAUCGAGGAAAUCGUCAGGCGUAUCCGUGUCCGCAAGGGUUUCAAGCCCGAAAUUCCGCCCUUGGAUACGUACUACGACAAGCUAUAAGAAGGUGUUCGCCAGCAGAAGUUUACUGUUGUGUCAUU